CCUGCCGGUGAGAAAAUAGGCUGCGUUUGUGAUCCUGUGUAAGCUAACUAGGCAGAUAGUUAGUUUUGUGCACUGUCCAUAACUAAAGUCUUUGUCUUUGAAGAGAGAAGCUGGAAAAGUUUCCUGGAUAAAUGUUAUAAAUAGUCGCAGUCCGUUAGCUAACGUUUUAGCUAAACCGGAGACGGGAGCUUAAUUAAUCCAGACGGGACCAGCCCCAGGAGCCGGCAGCAGCAGUCAGUCACACCCUUGUCUGGGGUUUGUGGAGGAUCCCUGUCUGCGCAGCAACCUUAAACAGCUAUCCUUCACAUGCUACCAUGUUUUAAACAGAUACACGUUAGCCCCAGAUUACUGAAUUGGAGCUUCAGGACGAUAUUGUGAGUUAGCAGUGAAGUGUGGACUGGAUAUGACUGACUCAUCAUCAUGGCACGGACAGAGGAGAUAACCCUGAACAGCCUGUCUGCUGCAGUGCCAACCAGACAGCACCAUAUAUAGCCAAACAGCUAAGUUAUAGACACAUUCAACCUUUUUUUUUAUUAUUAUUAUUAUUAUACACGUCCCCUUGGUGUCAGCGUGUCAGUAUGAAUACCCCGAUGUACACGUUUGUCACCCGUGACGAGAACAGUACUGUUUAUGCAGAAGUUUCCAAAAUCCUCCAGUCAACCGGACAAUGGAAAAGGCUGAAAAGAGACAAUCCCAGAUUCAACUUAAUGCUCGGUGAACGGAACAGACUGCCAUUUGGACGAUUAGGUCAUGAGCCAGGACUGGUGCAGCUGGUGAAUUACUACAGAGGAGCAGACAAGCUUUGCAGAAAGGCGUCCUUGGUCAAACUAAUAAAGACCAGUCCAGAGCUGUCCGACUCCUCUAACUGGUUCCCAGAAUCCUACAUCAUCUAUCCCACUAACCUCAACACCCCUGUUGCUCCAGCUACAAAUGGCAUCAGCCAUCUAAAGAGCAAUCCCAAGACUGAUGAGCGGGAAGUUUUCUUGGCCUCCUAUCACUCUAAAAAAGAAAGUGGGGAGGGCACAGUGUGGAUAGCCAAGUCCUCUGCUGGAGCUAAAGGUGCUGGUAUUUUCAUAUCCCAUGAUGCUAAUCAGUUGCUGGAGUACAUUGAUAAUCAGGGACAGGUUCAUGUUAUUCAGAAGUACCUGGAGAAACCUCUGCUUCUGGAGCCGGGACGUCGCAAGUUUGACAUCAGGAGCUGGGUGCUAGUGGACCAUCAGUACAACAUCUAUUUAUACCGGGAGGGUGUGCUAAGGACAUCCUCGGAGCCCUACAACAGCUCUGACCUCCAGGACAUGACCAGCCAUCUGACCAACCACUGCAUCCAGAAGGAGCACUCCCAGAACUACGGACGAUACGAGGAAGGGAACGAGAUGUUCUUCGAUGAGUUCAGGCUGUACCUGCUGAACACUUACAACAUGACCCUGGAGAGCACCAUAUUACCUCAGAUCAAGCAGAUCAUAAAGAGCUGUCUGACAUGUAUCGAGCCGACAAUCAGCACCAAGCACCUGUCCUACCAGAGCUUCCAACUCUUCGGAUUUGAUUUCAUGGUGGACGAGAGCUUCAAAGUUUGGCUCAUCGAGAUCAAUGGAGCUCCAGCCUGUGCACAGAAACUAUAUUCAGAGCUAUGUCAAGGUAUCGUGGAUGUGGCUAUUUCCAGUGUCUUCACCCUGAACAGCGGCGGUGACUCCUCGUCUGCUUCUUCUUCACCUUAUUCCUCCUCCCCAUCGUCUAUGUUCACCACCAACGCCUGCUCCUCUCCCAAGCUCAGAGGACCUCUUCACGUUGGCCCUUUCACCCGACUGUAAGCACACGCACAUAUUCCCCUCGUCUCCUUCUCCUCACAGCUUCUUCACGCUCUGUCCUCACUCCUAAACUCUACCUGAGAUGUAGCACAUGCCAGCGCGCCAAGCCUUUAAUCGUACCUUUCCUGUCACGCCUGGAGGGAGUCCUUCUUCAAGUGGAAAUCACCAAGCUGCAGAUACGAUCUCUGCUCUCCUGAUUAUGCAUAUUAUGAACGUGAGGACCGUGAGGACCGUGAGAACGAAACUCUCUGGGAGUUUCUGAAUGAGGACAGACAACCUUCCAUCUCAGUCCCACCACCAGUUUCUCCGCAAGCAGAUUCGUGGAGGUCUGGAGGAUGCAGAGACGCUCCAACUGAGACUGUAGUGCCUUACAUUUCCAGCCACGCUCCCUUAAAAAGACUGCCAGUUCGCUUGCUCUGUUACUGUGACUUGUACUUGUUCUCUAAGCCUUUGCACUGUUGCUCAGUAAAGUUAAUGUGGUCACGAUCAGUCCACAAGAAUUAGCAUAAAACAAAUUCCUUUAAAUUUGAGAUCUUAGAGGAUUUGUGUCAUUUUGAAUGUUAUUUUUCUCAUCAGACAUGUUUCUCUAGCCUCAAAAACCAGAUGAAUCUGACUGCAAGCUUGUGUUUUAUUUGUUUUGGCAGAUAUGUCCGGCCCCCCUCGUGUUUAGACAGAUAACCAGCCGACCUGGCCAGAGCAAAUUACAACCGCUAAACUAAUAUGGGGCGUGUUUGAAUGGCUGCAGAGCCUUCAGACUUUAGGGCACGGUCACAAAUUAGCCAAUGCAGGCGAGUAACCAUCACUUGCUGAAGCAAUAUUGGUUCUGAAUUUGGACUUUGCCAGACGUGAAAAACACAAAGCUAACUUGUGAGCUAAUGUUAGCUAGCUAGCUUGCUAAUAAAAAUGGCGAAAUUUGUUAUUAUUGGUACAGUUUCCAUUUUCUUACGUUCCAUGUCUGUACUCACUGCCAGCCGGGCAGCGUCUCUCAUGUGGGGCAGUUAGCAUUUUUCAUGACCGACAUCGUACCAUAUUGGCGGGUUAAACACGGUAACAAUCCUCCACAUGUACUUAUUUGCUAUUGGUUGAGGCCGCGACUUCCCUGGUCAGAGUUCACCAAAGUUGAACUCCAUCUGAUGCAAUUAUGCCGAUUCGCUUUGCCACUGGAAGCUGGUGUUUUAUUCAUCAUUUUGCUUGCACUGAAUGGAAGUGAACUGAAGGAGAAUACUGGCCAAUGUUAAUUUUGCACGUGUGACAGUGUCCUCAUGCAAAAUACGUGAUGACGCCAUUUUUUUGGUUUGCACGCCUUCCCGCCACUGACAAAAAGCUGAGCAUAAACCUAGCUUAGUAAAGAGGAGUGGUGUUGAGGUUUUACGAAAACAACCAACAUGGCUGCAGCUGAUGUGGAGCUUUAUGUUAAUAAAUUAUUAAAUAUUUUUAAAUUCUGAUGGCAAAAACUGCAACACUCAUUCACAUGAUGCCACACCAUCACAGCUCAUCUCUACACGCUUUAGUCUGUUGACAUUUGUCUGUUGCUCAGGGCUACCUCACGUUUCGUUUCUCCGAUUAGUUGUAGGUCUUUACAUUUGCAUCCAGAGGCAUUCUGGUCUACGGUUGUUGAUGAGACAACUCUUGGUGUGAGUUUCCAGUAACUCCCAUUUGCGUUUUUUUCUGGCGAUAUCAGGCUUACAUUUCUGAUUUUUUACAACUUUUUAAACAUUUUUUAAGUCUAGCUUGCCUGCAGCUGUAACAAGGAGUUUCAGUGAGGAAUGUUAAAACUGAUAAAGAAGUAACGGAGAUAUUUAAAGUUAAAAAGACUAAUAUACUAACCCGAUGUGUCUGAUUAGCUGAACAUUCGAGAUGUCAAGGAAUACCUUGAAAAUUAACAUUCCUCUUAACUUGAAAAUGUGGACGUAUUAUUUACAUUCAGGGCAGCUGGAUGACGAAAGUGAGCAGGGAGACUGUCUUUCAUCUGGUAAACCAGGUUUAAGUCCGUCCUAACAGGUGUCCCUGACCUCUGACCUCUACAGCAGAGAGAAACGUGAGCUCCCAUAAGGGCAUCAACAAAGCAUUAGCCUACAUUAUUAUGUUUGAGUUAUUCUUUACAGAAUAGAAGACAUGUUUGAUGUUUUAUUUGUCAUUCGAAGAGUGCAUGUUUGUGUGAAAGCAUGUAGUAAAAUGCACCGUCAUACGAGCUCCCGCAGCUGCCCCAAGAGUGUGUUUUAUUUCUGAUGUGUUAAAAGACUGUUGCUGUAAAGUGUUGUCAACAAGUGUGUGGAUUCUGUUUUUAAAGUGUUGUAAUGAAAGUAGAUUAGAUUGUACAAAGUGUGUGAAAGACCCCAUGAAAUGAAACCGUUGGGACACUAUAACCAUUUGUAAGAUAACAGAGCUGAUGGAGACAAAAAACACAUACAACGCUACUUCAUAUUUUUUGCACUGUUCCGUAAAUACAUACUGUGUCAAAUAUGUUAUUACCAAAGAAAAGUUGGAUUUUUUACACUCAUAUUCAUUUCUAUCACAGCUGCAUUACCCGACUGAUUUAUGUUUAUUUCAUGGGGUCGUUGAAUUUUUUCUUUUGAUUAAUCUCUUUGUGAAUAGACGAGACUUCAGAAGUGUAGCCGUUAAGGUCAUGUCAAAUCUAUAUUAUGUUACUGUUUGUUAGAAAGUAAUGUUUAGUUGUUUUUUUUUCCUCAGACAUGAAACUUUAAAUUAGCUCAAAGUUUGUGACCGCUGCACGUUGGGUCGUUGAUUCUGCUGUUGUGUCUCCAGGGGCUCAGUUUAAUCACAGAAAAAGUCAUUAGAGGAGUUUUAGUUGGCGUGUCUCUCAUUAUGUUAGAAUCCCUGCCGUUCCUCUAUUCAAACCUCAAUUGUGUGGGUAACUUAAAAUUAAGGGACACCAUUGAAGCAUUAUUUAUGUUUUUAAUCACUGUGCAUUUGUGUUUACAAGACGACUCUGGGAAUUAAAGGAUAUGUAAGUGGCUGAAGGUCAGAACGAUGGAGUAGCUACAGAGCAGUGUUAAGAGACGGGGUUAUUAUAAACAUUAAUCCCACUAACAUAUGAUGGGCCCACUCCUGUGAUGCGUUGCAGAGCCCUGAUGUAGCCGAAAUGAUGUUUGAAAGUUUCAAAAAAUGUCACUGUUAGCAUAAAUUUGGUAUUUAUGAAUGAUUCAUGAUUGUGUUGGCAAAUGGGUUACAAGUUUGCUGAUUUUUUUUAAGCGUCAAAAGCAAACCAUCUGAAUUUGUUUUUUAUUAAAUUUUAAGGGGAAAUGUCUUUCCAUCAAAGGGAAGGGUGCCUUAGAGGAAAUUGCAUAUUGAUUUUUUUAAAAAAAAAAAUACGCAAUGGACCUCCAGCGUUUAAUGCACCUUCAUUUGUUUGUUUGUAUCAAAGUGAUUUUGCCUCAUUCAUGAUAAAAUGUCUUUUAAAUUCAAUGAUGUCAUGUUCUCAGUUUAAUAUGGUUGUUUUUUUUCUCAUAUUUUCUUCAUCUUUACCAAAGAUCAAGUUCCUGCUGUAUUAUCAGUGUCAGAUGAUGUUUUGUAGUAGCUAUAACCUGGACAUUUGCACAUCAGUUGGCCAACAUGAUCCAAAAUCCAGUAUCAUAUUCAGAGGGAUAUCUGUGCUGUGUUUUUUUUUUUUGUUAGGUGAUGUUUUAUUCAAACUCUUGCAUGAACAUUUGUCUUUAUCAGAAACAGUAUUACUAGAAUAAAAAACAUUGCUAUUAUA